UACUAGAUUCUUUUUCCCUUAGUCCCUUAGCCAUGGCCUAGGAUUCACUCAGCGCGUCCUCAAGACCCACUCUGAGUCUUUGACCCUCACACUUGUACACCCGCACGGUGGCCUCUUCUCUCUUCGUACCGCCAUCCCUACCCUCUCUUCGUUCCGUUGUGUAGAGAUCUCCUACUCCUCUUUGUUCUCUGCUCCUGCACCGAGUCCCCAUUGGAUAUGCCUCUGCAGUUUUCCACUCUCCGUCCAUUUUCCCUCACUUUCCCUCCACCACCUCGCGAACGCUCCCGCACUUGCUGGCCGCGAGGGGCCUUCCGAGAAUGGGGAGAGUACGAGGAGGCCGUGAAGCGGAAGGACCUUGCCGGAGCCCUCAAGUUCCUCAAAACUCUCGAGGCUCAAAACCCAAUUGAGCCAUCAAGCGAUGCUUCAAUCACUGAGUCUACUCAGUCCCGGUUCCGCGAGUUGGAGUUGUUUGGGCCGCAAAAGGAUUGGGAGGUGCUUGACACAUGCUUGAAUGCUGAUGACAUGAAGCUUGUUGCCAAUGCGUACAGGUUCCUCAAGGAUCGGGGUUUCUUGCCCAAUUUCGGAAAAUGCAGGAACAUUGUUUUGGAGGGUCCAAGGAACAUAACACCAGAUGUCUUGAGCUCUUCAACUGGCUUGGAAGUGACUAAACUUGCUCCAAAGAAGUGGGGUCUUUCGCCUAGUUCAAGCACUGCCUUGGUUGCUUUUCUUGGUGGAGUGUCCUUUCUCAUUUCACAAGGUAUUGACCUCAGGCCCAACCUUGCAGUUAUAUUAGGUCUAGCCUUUGCAGAUUCUGCAUUCCUUGGUGGUACUUGUUUAGCUCAAAUCUCAAGUUACUGGCCACCAUAUCGACGGCGUAUUCUCAUUCAUGAAGCAGGACAUCUCCUAACAGCAUAUCUGAUGGGUUGCCCAAUUCGAGGAGUAAUUUUAGAUCCAAUAGUUGCAAUGCAAAUGGGCAUUCAAGGACAGGCAGGGACUCAGUUCUGGGAUGAGAAGGUUGCCAGCGAUCUCGCUGAAGGCCGACUUGAGGGCACAGCUUUUGACAGGUACUGCAUGGUACUUUUUGCUGGCAUUGCAGCUGAAGCUCUUGUUUAUGGUGAGGCAGAGGGGGGAGAAAAUGAUGAAAACCUAUUCAGAAACAUCUGUCUUCUUUUGGAGCCCCCAUUAUCUAUAGCUGAGAUGUCUAAUCAAGCAAGAUGGUCGGUUUUGCAAUCUUAUAAUUUGCUCAAGUGGCACAGAGCUGCGCACCGAGCUGCCGUUAAAGCAUUGGAAAGUGGUGCCAGUCUGAGUGUAGUAAUUAGGAGGAUUGAGGAAACUUUGUAUUCCAACAAAUGAUCCUUGGAAAUUCAGAAUUAUAGACAAAACAAUUUAUGUUCAACUUACAAGGGUUUUCACAACCGAUCUGAAGUGCAGCUGGUUUUACUGGUCUGCGUAUAGUUUUCAGAUGCCCUCUAUUGGACCUUGUAUAGGAUGAAAGAGUGCUAUGCUGCAAACAAUUGAAGAAUUUCAGCUUCAGCAAGUGACCUCUUUGUUCACUUCGGUGUUCACACUGAGACAUGAGCCAUUCCAAAAGUUGCACCUCGCUUGGCUAAAUAAUACUUGGAACAAUAUUUGAUACAUACGGAGAAGUAACCAAUAGUCUGUUAGUUGAAUAAUUUGGAGCAUGCUUAAGGUUUAUUUUAUUUCACCAGAAAUAUUGGCCGUGGUUGAAAUCAAUCUCGAGUUUGUUUGUAAAUAACUAUUUAGGGCAACUAUUUAUAUCAAUUGGUAUUUCAUAAGAUUGUGGACAUAGGUAUGUGAAUCGUUUUACCCCUAGUUAGAACAUUCCAUUUCCCCUGAA